AUGUCCACACCCCCUAGCGAACACACACGUUCUCGCCAGAGCUCCAUCUCCUCUAACGACUCUGGAGCAUCUGCUGGCAGCGCAGGACAGCAAGCACCCCCUCCAUUUCACGCCAGUCUCGCAGAACAACAGCUUGACCCCCUCUCGCGCGCGUAUCCCAAGCCAGCGCAGGAGAUCGACGUCCGCGAGGCACUGGCCAGGAAGCCUAUGAAGUGGACACUGGGCCACUACUUCAAGGAGACACCCACGCGCGAGCCACACGCCCAGACCGUGGACCGGGCAACGAGGGCUCUGGACUUGGAAGCGAAGAAGAGGGAGCUUCUCAAGGCCAAAGAUGAGAUUCGGAUGCUGGCUCUCCCCAAGCAAGUCCUGCAUGGCCCACGAUGA